AGUAGACAAGCCAACACGUUAGUGUUUAUUGUUGAAACUUGUAGCCGUCCGGAUUUGACCAGGAAUAGCAGCUAAGCCCUGGAAAUUUCUCCUUUCAAAACCUGCCUCCUGUUCGAACUCCAAAGUAAUACAGUUUUAAUUAACAACUGAUAGACAAAUUAAGCAGCAAUAUGAUGCUUAAGAGACCAAAUAAUGCAUAAAUCAGAUAUUAGCGGAAAGGCAGUGCAUCAUUGACUCCAGCUAACCAUGUUAAACAUGAGGAGUAACUGGAUAUGCAGUGAUCCUGAAUAGAUUAGUGUCCUUGGUCACAUAAGGACACAACCAAACGAAGUGUCCUUGGUCAAAUAUGUUAAACUGACGCGUCCUUCAUGCCUAAGGACACACCCAUAGAGGAGAAUGGAGAAGUGCAACUUGGCCUCAUAGACCUCGAGAAGCAGUCCCCUCAUCAGGCCAACCAUCUGUUCAGACUUCAGACUUCAGCCAUGGCAACCUUCUUCAUGAUCCUGCUAUUACUAUCACUGCUUCCCCUCCACUUGAGUGCCGCGCCUCGCGACACUCUACUGCUGGGAUCCUCGCUCUCUGUCGAGGAGCACCAGACCGACGUUCUGCAAUCACCGGAAGGCACUUUCUCCUGUGGCUUCCACAGCAUCUAUGAAAGUGCCUUCACCUUCUCGAUAUGGUACACCAACUCAGUGAACAAGACGGUCGUCUGGACCGCGAACCGUGACCGCCCCGUGCAUGCCAGGGGCGCGGUGGUCACCCUGCGGAAGGACGGCACCAUGGUUCUCACGGACUAUGAUGGCGCAGUGGUGUGGCAAACAGAAGGAGACCUGGUGGGUGUUCAGUACGCGAGGCUCCUGGACACUGGGAACCUAGUCAUGGCGAACUCCAGCGGCAUGGUUGUGUGGCAGAGCUUCGAUUCGCCAACAGACACCCUCCUGCCGACCCAACACAUCACUUCAACUACGACGCUGGUUUCCACCACUCAUCUGCAUGUUCCAGGUCCCUACAUAUUCCAUUUCACGGAUUCAUCGAUACUGUCCCUCAUUUAUGAUGAUGCCGGUGUCCAUGAAAUAUAUUGGCCAAACCCUGACAACGGAGAGUAUCAGAAUGAUAGGAAUAGGUAUAACAGUACAAGGCUUGGGUUUAUAGAUGAUACUGGCAGAUUUUUUUCAAGUGAUUUCGCCAACCAGCAGCCACUUGUUGCCUCUGAUGAAGGUGUUGGGAUCAAAAGAAGGCUUACUCUGGACCCCGAUGGUAAUCUCCGACUCUACAGCUUGAAUGAUUCAGAUGGCAGAUGGUCGGUUUCAUGGAUUGCAGUGUCUCAGCCUUGCAAUAUUCAUGGCUUGUGUGGUCCGAAUGGGAUCUGCCACUACUUUCCUACACCUACAUGCUCUUGCCCACCAGGUUACGUGAUGAGCCAACCUGGUAAUUGGAGCCAAGGCUGUAGACCUGUAGUAGACAUUGUCUGUACUGCUAAGAAAGCGCAACCUGUCAAGUUCUUGCGACUUCCAGGUACCGACUUUUGGGGAUCCGAUCAGCAGCAUCCGGACAAAGUAUCCUUGCAGGCUUGCAAGAACAUAUGUAGGAAGGACUGCACCUGCAAAGGCUUUCAGUACCAGCAAGGAACAGGGACAUGCUAUCCAAAGGCUUCCCUUUAUAAUGGGAAGGCAUACACGGCACCUACAAUAUCGACGCCCAUGAUGUAUCUCAAGCUACCAGUGGGCGUGAAUAUUUCAGGUAUUUCAGUUCCCCAAACCAAUGUGCUUAUUUCACCAAGAAAGCAACAUCUUGACUGUGGCCAGAUGAGCGCAUCAACGUUGGAACUAUUUCCAGAGAUUCACAAGUCCAGCCAGGGGGAAGCAAAAUGGUUUUACUUCUAUGGGUUUGCAGGUUCAAUUUUUGUUCUUGAAGCCUUCUUCAUUGCAUCCGCAUGGUGCUUUGUUUUGAGAUGGGAGUUAGGAGCGUCCGAAAUACAAGCAGUUGAGGAAGGCUACAAUGCCUUGACCAGUAAUUUCAGAAGAUACAGUUAUAAAGAGUUGGUCAAAGCAACAAGAAAGUUCAAAGAUGAGCUUGGAAAAGGAGGCUCAGGGAUUGUCUACAAGGGAGUCUUGGAUGACAAUCGAGAAGUUGCUGUUAAGAUGCUGGAAAACGUAAGGCAAUGCGAGGAGGAGUUUCAAGCAGAACUGCGCAUAAUUGGGAGGAUUAAUCAUAUGAAUCUAGUAAGGAUAUGGGGGGUUUGCUCUGAAAGCUCACACAGGAUGUUGGUCACCGAGUAUAUUGAGAAUGGGUCAUUAGCUCAUGUCCUAUUCAAAGGCCACAUUCUGCUGGAGUGGAGGCAGAGGUUUAAUAUUGCGUUAGGCGUGGCAAAGGGUUUGGCUUAUCUUCACCAUGAAUGUCUUGAGUGGGUAAUACACUGUGAUGUGAAGCCAGAGAACAUACUGUUGGAUCGGAAUCUAGAACCCAAGAUUGCUGACUUUGGGUUGGCGAAGCUGCUGAACAGAGGUUCCUCUAACCAGAAUGUGUCAAGAGUUCGAGGAACCAUAGGUUACAUAGCUCCAGAGUGGAUCAGCAGCCUCCAGAUCACGGCCAAGGUUGACGUUUAUAGCUAUGGGGUUGUGCUUCUUGAGCUAGUCUUGGGAAGACGCGUUCUCGACAUGGCUCUAGCUGCUAAUGAGGAGGUGCAUAAGGUGCUUAGGAAGUAUGUAGCCAUGCUAGCUCUUAUGUUGGAUAAAGAGGAACCCUCUUCAAUUGCCGAGGUUGUGGAUUGCAGACUGAGUGGCCAAUUCAACUACAUGCAGGUAAGAACACUGAUCAAAUUGGCUGUCUCAUGCGUGGAUGAAGACAGAAGCAAAAGGCCAACAAUGGAAUCUAUAGUGCAAAUGCUCCUUUUAGCUGAUGAAUCGUGUAGCAUGUGCUAGGAUGACGUUCUACAUAAUGGAAGUGCCCAACAGGUGGAAACAUUAAGCAUAAUGAGAGCUAUUGGAGUAUAAUUUUUUAGCCUUCAUUGUGUGGCUGUUUAUGUGUAUGCUUAAGUACUUUUCUCAAAUAAUAUACACUUAUGUACUGCUA